UUUUACGUGAUGACGUCUUAUUGUAGGCUCAGCUAUGAUGGCAGCAGUAGGUUGACAUCGAUACAACCACACUGAAUGUAAAACUGUUGAAAAGUUAGUGAAAGGCCCCGACAUAAGAAGCCAGGUCAGGCCGGCGGUGGUGAAACAGCGCAGGCCCAAACUGAGCCGUCCGCCCCGGGGGAACGGUCAUCACACCAAGCCAGGACUGCAGAUUUCCUUAAGGUGUUUAUUUUGUCUUCACUGCUUUGCAUGAAGAGGUGGCACUAUGCCCGCAGCUACUGUGGAUCACAGCCAAAGAAUAUGUGAGGUUUGGGCCAACAACCUGGACGAGGAGCUGAAGAGGAUCCGACAUGUUAUCCGAAAAUACAAUUACAUUGCUAUGGACACAGAGUUUCCAGGUGUUGUUGCCAGACCAAUCGGAGAAUUCAGAAGCAACGCCGACUACCAGUACCAGCUGCUGCGCUGCAAUGUGGACUUGCUCAAGAUAAUCCAGCUGGGCCUCACUUUUAUGAAUGAGCAGGGUGAAUACCCACCAGGAACAUCGACUUGGCAGUUCAAUUUUAAGUUUAACCUCACAGAGGACAUGUACGCUCAGGACUCCAUCGAGCUCCUGACCACUUCAGGGAUUCAGUUCAAGAAGCACGAAGACGAAGGCAUCGAGACGCUGUACUUUGCAGAGCUGCUGAUGACGUCGGGUGUGGUGCUCUGCGAAGGUGUCAAGUGGCUGUCCUUCCACAGUGGUUACGACUUUGGAUACCUGAUCAAGAUCCUGUCCAACGCCAACCUGCCUGAGGAGGAGGUGGACUUCUUCGAGAUCCUUCGCUUGUUCUUUCCGGUCAUUUAUGAUGUCAAGUACCUCAUGAAGAGUUGUAAAAACCUCAAGGGCGGGCUGCAGGAAGUGGCAGAGCAGCUGGAGCUGGAGAGGAUCGGACCUCAGCAUCAGGCCGGCUCCGACUCCUUACUCACAGGCAUGGCUUUCUUCAAGAUGAGAGAGAUGUUCUUUGAGGAUCAUAUCGAUGAUGCAAAGUACUGUGGUCACUUGUACGGGCUCGGCUCCGGCUCUGCCUACGUGCAGAACGGGACAGGGAAUGCUUACGAAGAAGAGGCUAACAAGCAGCAGUCGUGACAUCACCCUGAAACCCUCCAAUCCCGUCGAUGGAUCACAUCCCCAGUCGGCGCAGCGCUGAAGUCGAGCCGUGACAACUUGGAUAAUAACGGAAGAAGAAAAACAUACACACAUCAUUUAGGAAGCUGUUUCUCAUAGGCUCUGCUCACCUUAGACAAUUGAAGAUGAUGGUCAGUAGGGGGAAGAAAAAAAAAAACCAACACUGCUGUCCUCACACAUAGCACUUGUGUGCGUGUGUGUGCGCAUGUGUGUGUGAAUUUAGUCUUUUAUUCCUACAAAGCAGCGUAGAGGGUCUGGUUGGUUCAGUUCAAUUUAACAUGAAAUGCUUGAAGAAGAUGGGAUUUUAGUUUUCCUAAAAAUGUUCUGUAGAAAUUUUGCACUUUAAAAGCUCUAACCAGAUUCUGAUUUUAUAUGGAAAGCUCAAAAUGUUUCUGGUGUCCUCUCUGUUGCCUUCUCUAAGUUCCCAUUUUACAUCGUGACAUAUAUCUUUAUUACGACAACAACAACAACAACCUUUCUCACCAAGCUCAGCCUUAAUAUUAGCAUCAUUAUCUUUUUAAACUUUAAAUUAUUGUGCCGGUCAUCAUAACUUAGCGAUUAACAGUUGCUCCCUUUCAACACUAACACCACUACUCCACUACAUGUCAGUAUGUUUUUCCCUGGUCAUGGUUUCUUGUCUGAUCGACAGAAGGGAAGCUCUUGCUGAGUGUGUUUACAUGCACAUCAAUAUCCCAUCAUAUUUGGGAAUACUCCAGUAUGUUUUGCAGUUGGCUCAUGUAAACAUAUCAUGUUUAUUAUAACCUCAAUAAGCUCUAAUCCCAUUGUGUGAAACCUGAACAAAUUAGCUGGUAUUUACCCGCUGGGAUGCUGAGACAAGUGAACACCCUUUUCCUAAAUGCUGUUGGAUUUUUUUUUUUUUUUUUUUUUUUUUCAUGUCUGAAUCUGCUCAGUUUCCAUGGAAAUACCUUAGUUCAAUCAUACAGGCGUGUUUAUGAUCAGGAAGAGGAUCCACACACUCACAAGAAGUAUUUUGUGCAUGUAAACAGCCUCACUGACUGGCACAGGCACAUUUGAACACACAUGCUUCACGGCCCUGUUUGGUCUUGCACUGAUUUCAACCCUCAAUCGGGUGGGCACCAGUUUUACCAGACCGAAAAUUAAAAAAAAAUAAUAAUAAUAAUAAAAAAACUUGCCUGCUGUAGGAACUGCUAUGAGGUGAAUUUCUGUUUUCAGAGUAUAUUUUCUGUUUUCAUUUUUAAUUCGAAUGAAGGUUUUGUUGAAGAGUUUUAGUAUUGUAAUAAUAAUAAUAAAAAAAAAAAACUUUUACUCAUUGGGGAAAAAAAACACAAUGCCUUUUAACAUACAUCUUAACUUCAGAAGCUUUUGUUUUGUUUAAGGAUUCAUUUCACUUGCAGUUCUGGCUUCUGUUUUUCUUUCUGUAUUGCUUUCUGAUUUGUUCAUGCUGCCUAGAACAGCUGCAUGUACUAAAACGUUUGAAUAAAUGCUGUGUUGUUGAAUAGUAAAAUUGGAACUUCCAUAGACGUGUGUUGAAGUGUACGUUCACAACUUAUUAACCUCCUUGAGUGUCAAAUAUGGCUAAUAUUUGAACCAUCUCGCGUUUUUUUGUUGUUUUUUUUUCCUUUCCUCAUCACGUUCUUUCACACCAUGUAAAGGAGUAAUGUUAAAAAGAAAAUAUGCAAUAUACCAGAGGAUUGUUUUUAGAUUUGUAAAUAAAGGCUUGAAACUUUUCUAACAUAAA